GAAUAGUACUUUGGUAACGCACGGUGGCAAGAGUGCCUCCAUGAUGGAGUUUUGAUUUCGUUCGUCGGUAUAGUUUGAGUGGGUGAGUGUUUUUAUUUGUGUUUCAGUUCCUUUGACUCGGACAGGUUACUUCCUCGGUUGUCACAGCACGACCAUUAGCUUCUUUCAUUAUGGGUGACUCCGACGACGAAUAUGAUAGGAAGAGAAGAGACAAAUUCAGAGGGGAGAGAACCGAGUCUUACUCCAGAGAAGGUCGGCGAGAUGAUAGAAGAAGAGACGAUUGGGUGGAUAGAGAGUGGUCUAGCAGACCUAGACAGCGUCCGGACUACAGAGAGUACCGUGGAGGCGGCGGUGGAGGACGAGACAGAUAUAGUCCUGGCAGGUCGCAAGAGAUGGCCCCUCCGAUGAAAAGAAUGAGAGCGGAUUGGGACGACCGUCCGAGAUACGGGCAUGAUUAUUACACCGGUGGUGGAGGUGGCGGCGUGACUUCCUGGGGCCCUGAUCAUUAUCCACCUCCCCACCAUGGUAAUCAUCACUACGGAAACCAUGGUAACAGUAACAGUCGAGAAGUAGCUGGCAACUUCAGCAACAGUAACGUCGAGACUCAGCCACCGAUGAUGUCUUUCAAAGCGUUCCUUGGCACUCAGGAGGACUCGAUCACGGACGAGGAAGCUAUUAAGCGAUAUAACGAGUAUAAAUUGGAAUUCAGGAGGCAACAGUUGAAUGAAUUCUUCGUUGCACACAAGGACGAGGAAUGGUUCAAAAUCAAGUAUCAUCCGGAAGAGUCGGUGAAAAGAAAAGAAGAACAGGUGGCAGCUCUUAAGAAACGUGUCGAAGUGUUCCUGGAAAUGCUCCAAGUUGGAGAGAUAGAUAAAGUAUCGGUGGAUGCUGAUCAAGCCGAUGUUUUGCUGCAUCUGUUGGAUGCAGUGGUUAUUAAACUAGAAGGCGGUACGGAGGAAGAUUUGCAAGUCUUGGACGUAAAACCGGCAAACAUGAUUGCAAUUAAAGACACAGUCAAAGACAAGGAGGAUGGAAAAAACAAAGCUGGCGUCGAGAAAAAGGUUGAUAACAGCGACGCGACCAAGGUUGAUGAAGUUUCACGAACGGAAAAGAAUUUGAAGAAUGGACAGACCACUGAUGCCGAGAUGAAAAGUGCAGAGAAGGAUGAAACCUCGAUGGAAGAAAUUGAAAAGACGGAGGAGAAUAUAGAAGAAACAAAAAAGGAGGAUAAUGCGGAUAGCACGGGUAAACCAGAGGAAGUUAAUACUAAGAAGAGGAAACGAACCGAUAGUAACAGUAGCAGCAGCAGCAGCAGUAGCAGUAGCAGUUCCUCUGGCAGCGACAGUAAUAAACCGGAUACGUCGAAAGCAGAACCUCAUACAACUGGAAAAGUGGAUGUCAGCAACGAAAAUACUGAUGCGCAAGAUAGUAAAGAAAACGAUCGAGGGACUAAGGGAGACAGUGAGCCGCCGCCAGAGGCAAAAAAAUCUGCCAUGGAACCAGAAGCAGUGAUCGAUCUAGCUAGCGAAGAUAAGGAAAAAGAACCCAGAGCUUUGCACAAAACCAGCAGUAUCUUCCUUCGUAAUUUGGCACCUACGAUAACAAAGGCAGAGGUCGAAGCGAUGUGCAAACGCUUUCCUGGAUUUUUACGAGUCGCCAUAGCGGAUCCUCAACCGGAAAGAAGAUGGUUUAGAAGAGGAUGGGUGUCUUUUGAAAGACAAGUGAACAUAAAAGAGAUAUGUUGGAGUUUAAACAAUAUUCGGUUGCGGGACUGCGAACUUGGUGCUAUAGUAAACCGAGAUCUCUCGCGUCGUAUACGCACGGUGAAUGGUCUAACGUCCCACAAACAAAUAGUCAGACAUGACAUCAAGUUGAGUGCUAAAAUCGUGCACAAUCUGGACAGCAGAGUUGGUUUGUGGAACGAGGAGAGAAAAGACGAUAACACACUGACGAAACAGGAUGACGACAAUAAAGAAAAAAGUAUCCAAAAUGCAUUUGGAUUGUCGUCUAAAAAUCCAGUGUUGAAGAACAUAACCGACUAUCUGAUAGAAGAGGCAUCGGCCGAAGAAGAGGAAUUGUUAGGAAUGUCUGGUGACAAAGAAGAGGGUCAAUUAGGUGGUGACGGAGAUGGUCCAAUUGAAAGAGAUCCAUCACUCAUCAAGGUAUUAGACAGGCUGAUACUUUACCUGCGAAUAGUUCAUUCGGUCGAUUAUUACAAUCACUGUGAAUAUCCAAACGAGGACGAAAUGCCAAAUAGAUGUGGAAUAAUGCACGUUAGAGGAUCUCCUCCUACCGCUAAAGUGACCAUCACCGAAUUGUCCGAAUACUGUCGCAAUUUCGAGAGUAAAAUGGCAGCAUUCUUGCAGCCAGUUGCGACCUUGUCGCAAGAGGAGUACGACAAGUUGGGUGCUAAAAAUGCCGAAGCUGAAGUUGAAAAGUUCGUUCAAGCCAAUACCCAAGAACUGUCGAAGGACAAGUGGUUGUGCCCACUUAGCGGGAAAAAGUUCAAAGGGCCAGACUUCAUUCGGAAGCAUAUUUUCAACAAGCACGCGGAGAAAGUGGCAGAGGUGAAAGCGGAGGCGGAAUAUUUCAAUAAUUACUUGAGAGAUCCAAAGAGACCACAGCUACCCGAACAUCCGGGAAACAAAGCACCUCCGAGGGAGAGCAUACGCGAAGGUUUUACUCCUUAUGGAUGUGCCACAUUUGGAAACUACGGGCCUGGUUACGGUGGUAGCAGAGGAGGUUAUGGUUCGAGUUAUGGAACAGGAUUCAGUGGAGGAUUCGGAAUGCCGCGUUCCAACCGCGGUGGUUUUAAUCGAGGACGUGGCGGCGGAGGAGACUUUCGACCAGUGAUUCAUUACCGCGAUCUCGAUGCACCAAGAGAGCCGGAUGAAUUUCUCUAAACAACCUCCGAUGUAGACGAAAAUUCGAAGGGACGAGGGAAAUAUACAUUUGGAAGCGUUGAUCUUUGUGAAAGCAAUAUCGAGAUGUGCGUAUGAUAUAUCUGUGUAUAUAAAGAUAUGACAUAGAUAAGAUAUACAUAUAUAUACAGAACUUGUAUACAGGAUGAUUCUUAAAUGAAUGUCUAUACUUUGGGUAAAUCUGUACCGUAAAGUAAAAAAAAAAAAAAAAAAAAAAAUCGUCACACAGAUCUGUAUAUUCCGCAUGCAUUAGUUUUCAAAUU